CAAUGUGCUUUCACAAAACCGCGCCUUUUCAGUUCAGAGUACGACGAAAAUCGAAAUAUAAAGUUCGCGUGUAUCACGGUACGAUCACGAGAUCACGGGAUUAACCAAAAAACCCCUGGAUUAUAGGGAGCACUUCUUUCCAUACAUCGGUUAUUUCCACGCUUUUCGUCAGAUUGUAAAUAAGGAAUAUUCUCGUGAUUUACGAUGAAAGCUUGUUUAAGGUGGUGUUGCCCGUGCUGUUUACGUGGCGAACCCGAAGAAAAACCGCGGGUUAAAGUCGCGUACGGCGCUGAUAAAGACUUGAACGCAGACGAAAACAUUAACUUACUAAAACCCGAAGAGUUGCCGGAAGACACCGUGAAAGAAAACGGAAGCACAGUGGUGAAAUCUGAUAGCGACGAAGAAGUUAAGGACGACGAAGGGGAUAAAAAAGACGAAGGAGAUAAAAAAGACGAAGGAGAUAAAAAAGACGAAGGGGAUAAAAAAGACGAAGUAGAUAUUGAAAACGAAGACGACGAUACUAUGUGGUACACGGACGAAAACGGACGGCGCGUACGACGUGUGCUGACAACGGUGACAACGACUUCGACGAAAACAACAUCUGAGAACGGUGAUGAUGGUAAACACCUUACGAGGGAUAUAUUACAAAUGGAAGGUAACCAUGGAGGAGUUGACAAAGAUGAGGAUGUGGAAGUCAGGGAAUUCGUCGAUGAGAAUGGCCGGAAAGUUCGACGAAUAAUUAAGAAGACGAUUGUAACAACAACAACCACGAAGAGAACGACAUCCAACAACGACGGACCCACCACUAAAGAGAUAAGCAGCGGAGAAGUGCUCCUGCAGUUUGGCAGCAAGCCUCCAGCGGAUGAAGUGAGUAAGAUCAACUUCGACAUCAAAGGGCAGCCGUUUGGAAACCACGACCUCAAGUUUACGACCAGAGGCCAUACGACAAUCAGUACUGAGUCAACAGGAGGAGACAAUGUCGGAAACAGCACAUCUUACCAUCGGUCGGUCUUCACCAAGACGAUUGGAGGCGGAGGAGGCACGACAGUAGUCGAGCACUCUACGAAGAGUUCCGGUCAUGGCAACGACCACCCGAUAACAGCUGUGACGAAGGAGUCCCGUAUUCACGUCCCAGAGUGGAUGGAGAAAAAGUCUUCGCCUGAAACAACACGCCGAAGCCAUGGAACUUCAGACAUAAGUGUUCACCUAAAUUACCCAAGAGAUUUCACAACCAAGAAGGAACCAGAACCUGUUGCUAACGAGAGCAAGAUCCAUCCUCAAGUCACGAAACGGGACAAGCCUGUCAUCGAUAUUCUUAGUCUUGAAGACGUGGUCAAGGAAAAAGAGAAAGAGAAAAAAGAAGAGAAACCGCCAUCACCUCAACCACCUCCCACACCAGAAGACGAGGAAGAGGAAGAAGAAAGUGAAGACGAACAAGAUGAGGAAUAUGAUGAAUUCGAGGAGGAGAUAGUUGUACUGGAAGUACGAAGAAAGCCUCGCUACCACAGGGGACUGGAAAUUGCCAAAGAUGAACCCGAGAAGGUUGGGAUCCCCGUGGAGGAUCUACUAACAGUGCCAGUAAUAGAAAAGGUACAAGAAAGUGCCCCUAUGGAUUUCAUUGAAGAGGAAAAAGUCGUAGCUGUGGAACGCGAGCCAGUUAAUGAAGGUGCUUUUGACUUUUUCAGUCUUGAGUGAUAAUUUUCAGGGAACGAAUGUAUCAUUAGAAAAUCCUAUAGCGUCAUCACAGUAAACAUAAGCGAACUAGGACCAUAACAAUUCACAUACGUAAAUGGCAAAAAUUUAAGUUAAGCUCUUUAAGAAUAUUUGGGAAGUGACAUUUAAAACGCUGCUUGAUGCCUAUCAUGCUUUCCUGACCAUUAUUAGAGACACUAAGGGACUAGACGGGUAAAGAUUUCAUAUUUUAGCCGCGAAUGCUUCAUCGAUUCACCUCUGACAUAUUAGCAAUUUCAAGUGUAGCCUAACUCUGUUGCGAAAAUUUUUUAUUCUGUCAAAGUAUGAUAAUAAUUGGUUUCCAAGAGGGGGAUUAACUUUUAAAAUAAAUACCCACCCACAUCCUGUCGUUGAUACAAAAGUGAAUCCCCUACCCCUCCCCUGUCAAAAAGAAAAUUACAACAACAGAGUGACUUUCCACGUGACAGAAAUAUAACAUUGACCAAUGACAACUGUCAAAACUACCGAGGUAAUCACAGAAAGUACGCAUGCGUGGGAAAUGUGUGUGACAAAGUUUCCGAUCGGUUUUAGUAUUGAAAGCAUGUAAUUGGCGAAAAUAGUACGAACUCAAUGUCAGCCAAUCACAGCUAAAGUACUAGAGGAUGCUUUGCUGUAAUCAAUCGAAUCAUUUUAGAAAGUAGGCCACUUAUUUCUUAAAAGUUAUCGGGGACAUCUUGCAGUUAAAUUGGUACCUAAAUUGAAAAUAUUGCAAUAAAAAUCUCUUCAAACUCUUGA